AUGGCAUCCAAGGGAGCUGUGGCGCUGCUGGUGUUUGGAAUCAUACAAGGUCUGCUGUAUGAAGGGAAGGCUUCUCGUGAACUUCACCUUGUCAAGGCUGAAGUGAAGAAAGAGGUCGGCGUUACGAUAUACACCGUGCACUUCAAUGCGGACGAACACCCAACGGUAUUCUGGAGGAAUGGUCCCAGGAUUGUUAUACCUGAUGAACAGCACGAGGUGAAUAUUGUGUUUGUUGGAAGAGUCGGGGAGGCCUCCCUCCGGACACAAGGGCAGGAAGAAGUCGUGAGCGUGUUCCUAGACGUGGAGUCCAUGUAUUACGACGUCCACUUCAAACAGCAGCCUGGGAGGUCGGCGGAGGUCGAGGUCAACGUCCCAACAUCUGGGAUCACUUUUUCCCACGCUCCUGACGUCAUCUAUCAAUAUGGCGAAGCCGUUAAAGAAACUUUCAGCGUUCCCAAACAGACAACGAAUUACAAAAUUAGCAGCGUUCAUUGGCAACUGAUUGCUGUUGACGAUUACGCCAACCCGCAAAAGGUGAAUGAGUUUUCUGACGUCGCUGACGGAGGAUCAGCACGUGCACCAAUCACAGAGCUCAAACAUCUUGAGAAUGAGACGUCAGUUGGUGCUCAGAUGUAUCUUGCCACUGACAAACAGGACUAUGAAGGACUUUUGACUGUUUUGGUUACCGUGGAAUCUACAGAGGACGCCUCGCCCGUUUCUGCAGUGGACGAAGGUCACAAGUUCUUCAUUAGGAGGGCUGACCAUGCCGAGCCUUUCCCUCCUGGGUUCAUCGGCUUCAUCAGCAAUGGGCUGACGAGGGGUCGAGAGUGCAGUGUGGGGGGACCCUGUGCCGUCGCCUGUAUAGCUGUUGGGGACGGGCUCCGGUCUAUGAGGCUGUGGGUGAGAGACAGGAGUGGGGUGGAGACCGAGGUGGACACCACGCCCUACAACGUGAACCUCGGAUACGUGAUGUACUCCGAGUUCCCGGUGCCAAGCCCUAGCUCGUCAGGCGUAACCAACUACGUUUGUCGAGCCACCAGCGACGACACAAGUGCUGAAAACGUUGUCAGCGUCAUCUUCAAAGCAUAAAGGCAGCAGCAGAAUUUCAAGUGAAGGACAGAAAUAAACAGUUUCGUUCUCUCUGAA